UCUUCCCCCGAGACAAUGGAGAUGAGCGCUGUUGCGGAUGCCAACGGAAAGAAUCUUGGGAACGAGGCCAAAGCCGGGGCGCCAGCUGCUAAAUCUCGUUUUUUCUUGACACUCGCUCGGCCUGUACCAGGACGUGCUGGAGACCAAGCCACGGAUGCAUCCACUGGGUCAGUGAAGCUUGAUGUCAGCUCCAAUAAAGCUCUAGGGAACAAAGAACCAAGUGAGAGCGUGACUCUUCCGGGGGCAGCUGCACGGGGGCACGACCCAGAUAAAACCCCGGGGCAGAGCCCAGCCGGGGACGAAGGCGUCUCUGCCACUUGGGGACCAGCGCCCGUCUCACCUGAGUCAGGGGGAGCAGCCCCCGCCAAGCCUAAGGACUCCGGCUUUUUUGACAAACUCUUCAAACUGGACAAGGGACGGGAAAAGGCACCAGUGGACAGCCAACAGGAAGCCAAGAGCGCGGAGCGUCAGGACCAGGCCGAGGAAGUCCCUGGAUUGUCAAGGCCUCCCGAUGAUGUCCCUGCAGAGAGGGACAUAGUUGACAGCAAGGGGAAGGAAGGACAAGAGAUCCCAACUGUGAGGUGCUCUGUCCCCGGGGACCCAGAGGAACUGGACGUUGCAAAGGAGGACCCCCAGGCAACAGAUACAACAGAGAACCGCAAUUCCAUCAUGAGCUUCUUUAAAACUCUGGUUUCACCUAACAAAGCUGAAACAAAAAAAGAUCUGGAAGAUACGGCAUCCAAAGCAGAAAGUGUCUGUGAUGGACAAGCUGGGCAGAAGAUCUGUGAGAUCCAAGCUAAAGCCACCAAGAAAAAGCCCCUGCAUAGCCCCAGGCUAGGAUUCGCCUUUAGGAAAUUCUUUAGGCAUAAGGGUGCUGAAAAGCCACCUGUCCCGUCACCUGACGUCCAGUCAGACAAAGCUAACUUUAUAUCCCAGGAGACCAGAGGGACGGCCAAGAAUCCUACAUCCUCUGAAACAGCGAAGGAAGCCCCCAAGGAAAAGGGGGCACCCACCUCUCUGCCUCUGAGCAAACUGUUCUGGAAAAAGUCAGUUAAAGAGGAUUCAGUCCCCGCAGGUGCAGAGGAGAAUGUGGUGUGUGAAUCACCAGUAGAGGUUGUAAAGUCCGAGGAAGUAGAAUCAGCCUUACAAACAGUGGAUCUCAACGAGGAAGGAGAUACCACACCUGAACCCACAGAAGUAAAACUCAAAAGAGAAGACCCCAGACCACCAAGAACCUCCCUGAUGGCGUUUCUCAGACAAAUGUCAGUGAAAGGGGAUGAAGGGAUCACCCACUCAGAAGAAAUAAAUGGGAAAGACUCCAGCUGUCAAACAUCGGACUCCGCGGAGAAGGCCAUCAUGCCCCCGGAGCCGGAGCCGGCAGGGGCAGGCCAGAAGAGCAAGGAGCGUUCCUCCAAAGACAAGAAGGUGGCGGCUGAGGGGGACAAACAGAAGAGCAACAAGCAGGACGCCAAAGAACCCGCCCAGUGUGUGGAGCCGGCCGUGGUGGAGGUGAACUCACUGCAGAACGGGGACAAGUCCCAGAAGAGACCGGAGAAGCGGCGACAGUCCCUCGGCGGCUUCUUUAAGGGCCUGGGACCAAAGCGGAUGUUGGACGCCCAAGUGCAGACAGACCCUGUAUCCAUCGGACCAGCUGGUAAAACCAAGUAAACAAAUUACUACAGUUCCCACCAAGUUGUCCUGCACCAAGAUGUCUUCUCCCUACUCCGUUUCCUCCCCCAGCCCACUCCAUGUACAUAGUCUUCUUCUCGUGGCCAUCAAAUGAAAUUCUGCCUACAAAUUAAGCCUGAGCUGUUGUAUAUUGAGGUGUAUUAUUUACGUCUCGGGUCCAAUCUUUUCCGGUAAAUGACCGUAAAGAUGGUUUAGCAGGUUAACCGGUUAGGUCAGAAGAGUUGAAGGUUGCCAAGCAGAGAGCGGAGGGGGCGGAGGAAUGCAUCCUGGCGAAGUUACGAAGCGUGGCAGUGGUGAGUAAGUUGCAGAGGGAAUUAAGUUCUGUAGUACAUGCAGGCUCCUCUUCUGAGCUCCAAGAGGAGAGACAAAAAUCCGGUUAAGUUCACAUUUGGAGGAGGGACAACAUGGGCUCUGUGCCGGGAGGUUGCCAACUUCCUGAAAUGGAAUGUGUGGGGAAUGGAAAAGGAAUGAAUACGAGUCGCUUUUCGAAUAGGGUCCUUGAAAGGUAUUGAUGAGAGGGAAAAGAUUGACCGCAGAGGGUUUGAAAUGAUUUGGGAAGACAGCUGCGCUCAGUGAUGAGCGCAAGGAUUACAACUUCAGGGGGAAAAAAAAAAAAAAAAGGCACAAAAUAAAUGCAGUUGCAAGUUUA